AUGACCAUACCUUCGGACAAGGCGUUCGACCACUUCGACGCCUCCACCGCUGCCAAAGAUGACUGUAUCUACAGGUCAGUCUACGCAGACGUCUUCUACCUCUACACAUGCGCCAUCACCCCCGUUGUCAUCGUCGGAAUCGUCCUGAACCUCAUGAAUCUUGUCGUCCUCCGCCGCAUGCAGAAAUCCCACCAGUCUGUUUUCCUCCUCCGGUUCCUUGCCGCGUGUGAUUUUCUCUUCCUCGUCGUCUGCCUCGUGUAUUUCUUCAUACGCCCUAUGACUGUGUACUCUACCAAUAGGAUUGAGGUGUUCGCCCGAGGAGACGGGAAGAUAGGAAAACUUCUAUAUAACAUAACCAUUCCUUUCUAUAGGAUAUCCCUCAUGGCAAGAAACUGGUUAAUCGUUUUAAUCACUUUUGAGAGGUUCAUGCACAUUGCUUUCCCACUAUGGGCAAAGGUGCAUUGUACCAAAGGCACCUUGAGUGUGGUGGUGGUUUCAAUCGCCUGCUUUAUCAUUGGCCUGUGUUCACCCGUUUACCUUGCUCAGACAAUCACUGAAACGAUCAACCCGUGCACGGAUUUGCCCGAGAUAGAUUUCGUGAAGCCACCAUGGGCAUCGCAGUUCCUCUCAAUAACAUAUCUAGUGUUCAUACUUUAUACCCCAAUAGUAUGCAUUUACGUUAUGAACAUCGUUCUCAUCGUGGCUGUGCGACGAGCGCAUUCGCAUAGAUCCAAGAUGGCUGCCAGAUCCAUGGCCGUUUCGGGCAGUGGAAAAGAAGCCGAGACUUCUCAAACUAACGCCACGGCCAUGGUUCUCUCAAUUGUUAUUGUGUUCACCAUUUGUGAAACUCCAACUUGCAUAGACAGGCUGGCAACGUUAUUUGUCGACUAUGAAGCGGCGAUAUUCCAGCCCGAGAAAGACCAAUCAAGUCCAACAUGA